UCAAAACGUUCGUCUCAAUUCUUUGGGAUGUCUUUACGCUUGGACCUUAUUAUCCGCCUCGUCUCCUUGACGAGCUCUACGGUGGCCGCAUGUUCUACCAAGCGAACAAGCGACGCGAGGAUAUUGGCUAUUUUAUUCAAAUAAAUGAGAUGUGGCCUUGUCUCUCAAAGUAAAAGUAGCGCAGUCGUGUCGCUGUCACAACAAGUAGUUGUGAAUACAAAAUUCAGAAUCGAAUUUGUUGAUGCAUCUAACAAAUUGCACCAAAAGUUGCCAUUUUAGCAGAAGAAUGACAACGAAAAGUUGAUAUUUUAGCAGAAGAAUAACCAUUACUCACGACGACGUUCUGAAUUAAUACCGACGAGGAAGCGCGUCUCACGAUCGAAUGGGGACAAAAUAAAAACAUAUCAUCUGAUUUGGACGAGCUAAGGAUCAUAAUGUCGACAGGCAUCCAGUACUUCAUCGUCACCGAACCGCCGGACUACCUGCGACACAGUCACACUGGUCGCAUCUGUUAUAGUAUUUAUGAGUACCGAGCAAGUAUCGACUUUGCCCAAAAAUUACAAGUAUUCAUGCUUGGCUCACUGGGACCUUUGUACUGCGAGAUGGAUCGCAGAUGUCUGGAAGAAGUCAGUGAGUGUGAGGCCGCUCUUCUGCUGGCCGUCACCGACAACUCCGAAAGGCUCAAAUGGUUUCGAGACAAAGACGCUCUCCGUCGAGCGCUGAUGCUUUGCGAGGGAACUGAAGUCAUCGUGGAAGAAGGAGGAGGGCAAUUGAACGGAAUCAUCCGCUUCAUAGGAAGCCUGUCCCAAGCGGCGGCAGAAGAUCCCUUGAAGGCAACAUUCUUUGGAGUUGAGUUGCAGGGGGAAGACAAGGGCAAAGGCGACACGGACGGAUGUCACGACAACGAGAGCCUCUUCGCUUGCGAGCGCGACUGCGGCAUCUUCGCUCCUUUCUGCAGAGUCCGACCACGUGAUUCCGACUCCUCCUCAGCGGCCGACUCCGAGCCCCCGUCGGGUUGCCAAACGCAAAUGCCGGUCCCGGGCGACAGAGUCACCUACUUCAUUGAAGAUUACUGCUGUUAUGGAAUGGUGCUCAACGUCCAGGAGAAGGACGGCAAACAUUUUGUCUUGAUCUCCAGCGACAUUGAUGCCAUGGGGAGGACGGGCGAAGUUGAAGUCCCGCUCCAGUUUGUUGUUGUUGGGGAAUAUCCUGCCGGGUCUGACCUGAUUGCCCUCGACAACGAUGCAGUGGAAGAAAAAUGUGGCAUGGGCGUGAACUCACUGGUGGAGGUGUCCUUGUGCACGAACAGUUUGUACGGAAUCAUCCGCUGGAUCGGGACCCUUCCCGGGCGACAGGACGUGAUAGCUGGACUCGAGCUUGAGGACGACAAUGGCGUGAGUGACGGCACCUUCAAAAACGUCUCUUUCUUCCAAUGUCCUCCCAGAAGGGCUCUCUUCGUCAAGUACAGCUGUUGCCGUCCCGAUGCGCGCUUUCUCAGCGAGGGGGCGCCUAAGCACUCGGUCGCAGACAUAGAAAUACAGCAGAGUGUUGAAAAAGUGGAUCCCGUGGCUCCCAUCAGCUCGGAUCGAGUUGCGCAAGUUCUGAUUGGCCGGAUGAAGGGCAUCCAGGGACACUGCAACUCUUGCUACAUGGAUGCAGCCCUCGUUAGUUUGUUCUCUUGCUCCUCGGUGCUGGACUCCAUGUUGUUCAAAUCCAUCAAGCCUCAAGAUGCGGCCAUUCAGAGAACGCUGCUCCACGACAUCGUGAACCCCCUUCGAAGCGAAGGCUUUGUGCAAGCCAUGCACGUCAUGAAGCUGCGACAGCAGCUGGAAAAACACGGCUACUGUCGCUCCUUCACCACAGAGGAGAAGGACCCGGAGGAGUUCCUCACCGUCAUCAUGCACCACAUCCUCGCCCUGGAUCCUCUCCUCAAACUGUCGGCUGCUGGCAAAGUGCAAGAGAGUUACUGCUACCAGAUCUUCCUGGAACAGAAGCGAGGCCUGCUGCUUCCGACCGUGCAACAGUUGCUGGAACAUUCCUUCCACAACGCCGGACUUAAGCUGGCCGAGAUGCCGUCGUGCCUCAUUCUUCAGAUGCCUCGCUUUGGCAAGAAAUUCAAAAUGUUUGACAAGAUCAUUCCAUCCCUGGAGUUGGACGUCAGCGGCCUCCUCUUAGAGGGUCCCCAGCAGUGCAUCCUCUGCGGCAAGCUGGCCCAGGAAGAGUGUGCCGUCUGCUUUGACGAGUCGCUCUUCAGCCAGACGGGAUUCAAAGUCUUCUGCACCACAUGCUCGCUUCAGGUCCAUUCUCACCCUCGGCGGCGCAGCCAUCAGACAACCGUCCUGGACCUCCCCGAGGGUUACGCCGCGCGAGGAGCGCCUCACGCGCUGACUCGGGACACCUUGGAGCUCUUUGCCGUCCUCUGCAUCGAAACGAGCCACUACGUUGCUUUCAUCAAAUACGGAGCCCAUAGCCACGACUGGAUCUUCUUUGACAGCAUGGCGGACAGGGAAGGCGACGCGGAUGGCUUCAACAUCCCUGAGGUGCGAGCGUGCCCCGAGGUGGCCAUCUACCUGGACAUGUCCCCGGCCGAGCUGGCCGACCAGAUCCCUCGGGACAUGAAAGGUGUUGCCAAACGUCUCUUCUGCGAUGCCUACAUGUACCUGUACCAGAGUCCCAGCAUGUCCCUUCUCUAAGCGGGACGCCUCUCGUAGCCUUCCACGUUUCAUCUGGCCUGCCCGCACUUUCUUCAAUUGUUUUGAAAAAGCUUGACCUCGACUUUCAAAGACUGACUGGAGAAAAAAAAAGACAAUGGAGCAGGUAGCAAAGUUGAAAAACCUUGUCUCUUCCUGCUGUUCUACAUGUUUUUCCUAAAGUUGAUCAUUUUAUGAUGUUAAAUUGGACCUUAAUUUCCCAAAGUGUGCGUGUGGUUAAAUUGGACCUCAAUUUCCCACAGCAUGCGUGUGGUGACAAUUCCAAGCGAUCAAGCCCAACACUUGCCUGAUGAGCUCAGAGAGUUCAAAGUGUGUCCAGUGAGAUAAGCGAAGAAGUUGUCGUUAAGCAAACAAGGGCACAUGCUCCACUCGUGCGGCUGGGUGGGUUUAUUUGAGCUGGCCGAGCGACCCGGCUGCCAUGUAUUCUCCUCACUUCGCUCAAGGAUGUGCGCUUGUUAAACAAACAAAGCAGCUGCAACUUUUUCUCACGUCAAAGUCAACACGACAUCUUGCCACACAGAAAUGAGGACUUUUGCCACCUCCUUCUCAAAGUCUAUCUCGAAGCUGUCUUUACUUUUGCCGCUUAGUUUUGAACCUUCACUAUCGCUGUCCAACGGCAAAUGUCUUCAUUGCUGUUGUGCUGAUGACGACAAUCAAGCGAGCAACUUGACUGUCCUGCUUUGAUCACGUUUCAGUCCAAGUUGAUUGGUUGUCAAUGUGCAGUCUGCAAAUCAUCAAGCAAAUGGAAGAUUAUGCCUCAUGAGCCGGGCGUGAGGUCUUCCUGACUCAGUGGAUUCUCAUCAAUCAAAUUGGCAAAUUGCGCCAUCUAAGUUUGCCUUCGGGGUUGGCCCUCGCACUUUGGGGGAUCAAACAAGAUGAUCACGAUGAUGCGCCGGUGUGUCCGUUUCUGAAGAUCUAUUUCCAUUGUGCAAAAUGCAAAUGAACCCAGUGCAGAGGUGGCCUAUUAUACCUCUCAGCGUCUCGAGACAUGAUCUUGAAUGUGAAUCUGUAUCUUCAACAAGAGGGAAAUGAAACUGUGCGGUGCUUUUUGUUUUGCAUCCAAUUAAAACGAUUAUGAUGUUGAUGAA